AUGAUCUGCUUUGAGAAAGACAACUGCAUGCGCAUGACAAACCUUCAUCUGGGAGAGAUUGACAUCAGAUGCGAGCUAUGCGAGACACUUUACUGCCCAAGAUGGGCAAUGCUCUACCUGAACAAUGAUGACCCGGCCGAAAGAGUCUUCAUUGUCUGUGCGAAUUGUCGCACCCACCAGAACAGAACGAAGUCACUGUACCGACUCUGCGAGAGCAGACGUGGUUACGAGAGGGGACCGAAGGACACAACAUUUCAGGAAUGGCGCGCUUCCAAGGAAAGUUGGCGUAAUAGCCUGGUGAUUGUUCGAUACCUUCGCAGGCUACAUUCCAUCGACUACACGGCCGAUGGGGUUCAAGAAAAUAUCCGGAAAUUUGAAGAUAAAGUGUCCGGCGGAGUUGACUUCAUAAAUAACUGGGACUUACUCGAGGUGAUGGAUGAAGUGGCAGUUUUCGAAAACGAUGAGGUUUCGCUCACUACCGCGGCUGACAAUAACUGA